AAUUGCUAGUUUUGCUGGGUUUUGCUGUCUUGAGUAGUUUCUGUGGUCUUCUAAAUGGCUUUCUGUGUGUCUGACAAGCAAAAAGCCCGUCAGCUUUUCCCUCAAGACGUGUCCAGAUUUGAUGACAGUAAAUGUUUAUGAUGAACAUUAUUAAUCCCAGAGGCGUCUGUCCGUUUGAAUUUGAUGAAUGCUGACAGCUGCUAAUCUAAAAUAAUGAUGAGCAGAAAAGCAGAAAGCAGACUGAGUUACAGCCGUGAAACCCUACACCGGUACAGUGUGUGUGUGUGUGUGUGUGUGUGUGUGUCAGCCUGACACUGCUCCAGAACUGAUGUUAUACCUGCCUUAUAUCCAAUGAAUGAACAAUCACUAAGACGAUAUAUGUUCAUAUUUAUAAACAUCCUCCUGUAUGUGGAGACCUGUCUUAGUCAAUAACUCAGUAAAGUGCAGCAUCAUCCUGCUCUGCUGCUGCUGAGACUGCUUCAGCUGCAGUGUUCUGCUCUCUGAUUGGCCCUGCUCCAUCCAACCAAUCAGGAGGACUCAGAUGUGCUGUCAGUGGUGAGCAGCUACUGUGAUGUCAGCAAAGGGGGGCGGGGCUUGGAGGACAGCUCGUUCUGCAUCUUAAGUCCCGACUGUGACCUUUACCUGUGUGACGGAGACGACGACCAAAGCUCGGACAGUCAGGGUGAGGAUUCUGUUUACAGCAGCUCCGAGUCCUCCAUCCUCCUUCAUCCUCCCUCAUCCGGCCGCAGAAUGACCCGCCUGGACCGCACAAGCCCCCGUGGCUGGACGGAGGGCACUCAGAGUCGCCGGGAUGGUUUUGGGCAGUUCGGCAUUUCUCACGGUGGCGUGAAGGACCGCGGGGAGCGGGAGAGUGGAUAUUUCUCUCUGGGACGAGCAGCGGGUGGCAGAGCUCUGCGAGACCAGAGUCCUGCUGGCCCGUAUCGGCAUUCAGAGAGAGGCCAUCCCCUGCCCAGCAACAAGAGCCCGGAGCCCAAAGCCGCCAUUCCCUUUCGAAACCCAGACCUUGGUGUCCCCUCUGAAAGGAGAACCUCAGAGUUUCAGAAUAUAGAGCAGUAUGCAGAAAGUCUUGCUCAGUUUCCUCCAGAGCCGCUGGAUCUCACUGCAGAGAUUGAGGCCCUCGCUGGACCCCGGGCCCUGAGCCCCACACCUUUUAAACAGGCUGAAUCCUACAGUUCCUCCAGUCGAAGAGGUGGACAAAGUCGAAACACGUCUCCUUUACGACAGCCGGGGUCACUCAACACUUCCCACAGAGGCUCCAGUCUCCUGCAGUCCUCAUCUCCCUCUCAAAGCCUUUCGCCAUUCAGACGGGCUGAGUCCAGUUCCUCCAUCAACACCGUGGGCUUACGCUCGAGUGGAGCGUCAUAUAGACAAGACCGGGCAUCUGUCAGUCCAACACGGAGCAGUUACACUGCACAGAAAAAUCUCAGAUCAUUGGCGAGUACGGUAGGCACGGUCAGCAAGUCUCUGUCCUACAUGGAUCUGAAAGGCUCUCAACAAAAACACGGAACCAGCAGCCGCAGCGGCUCGCCUCCAUCUAGACGGAGUUACGAUUCUCCUACAGCUCGAAAACCAGACAUAAAGAACCUUUCAUAUGACCGACUGAACUCCUCCAUCUCCACCAGCCGAUAUGAUUCAAGAAGCCAGUCCCCUUCCAGACAGAGUUAUGAGGGUCGGAAAGCUGAGAUAAAGAGCCCUUCACAUGAGCGGAGCCAUGACAGACAGAGCUCCUCCUUUUCCACGAAGGGUCGAUACAGUUCCAGGAGCCAGUCCCCAUCGGGGAGACCAGAGGAUGGCCAGAGUCCAGAGGGGCGACGCAGCGCAUCUCCAGUCAGGAAGGGCUAUGGGACACCAAGCCAAUCAGAACCAAGAUCUGUCUCAAAUAGGUGGAGAGAUGAGAGAACAAGCCCUGCCCCCACUAGGAAAAACUAUGAGGGACAAACCACAAUGAAGAAAACAGAAGCAAAUAGCCGACACUCUUCUCCAAAUAGAGGCUCAUCAUUGUUUCGUAAGCCUGAAACAUCAUCAAACCAUGGCCCCAAGAGCCGCAGUACAUCCCCAUUAGCCCCGAGUCCAUCUGUCCUGCGUAACUCAGAGAGUGGACGGAGCCAGUCAGUGUCCACCCUAAGGAGAGACCUGGUAGAUCACAUCCCCAUGAGGAGCGACAGACCCAGCUCCAAUUUCAGGAACUCUGCCGGUACCCAGCCUCGCCAUGAUCCAAUCCCAUCAACUGACCGCUGGAAAGGCUCCGCCCACUCACUCCACAGCCAGUCAGCUUCUCGUCACCCCUCCCCCACUCGCCACAGUGGGGAGAAGAAGCAGAUCUCCUUCACUCAGUCGGUCCCUGUGGGCUGGGGGGUGCCUCAGGACAGCGGCCGCAGGAGCAGCUCCAGACCAGGCCAUCAGGAGCACACUUCCAGGACUUCACCCUUGAAGACACACACCUCCACCCCCAGUGGCCGGAGACACCGCAGCCCCUCUCCUCCAGUGCAGACACACACCUCCAUCCCCAACAGCCGGAGACACCGCAGCCCCUCUCCCCCAGUGCAGACACACAACUCCACCCCUAGCAGGCAGAGACACCGCAGCCCCUCACCUCCAGUGCAGACACACAACUCCACCCCUAGCAGCCGGAGACACCGCAGCCCCUCACCUCCAGCGCAGACACACACAUCUUCUCAGAGCUCCAUGGACUCCGAGUCCAGCCAUCUGUCUGCAGGGUCGUCGGGUCUCAACCGGGAGGAGUACGCCAUGAUGGCUGACCUUCCCAAAGUUAAAACCGUCUUCCAGAGGGAGAGUCCGAGCCACCCGAUGAGGUCCGAGAAACGAGAACAGUCCCGCUACAAACCCGCCAGUCACUCCCACAGCAAAGCUCCACACUCAGAAUGGGAGGAUCUGGAGGAGGAUAGAGAGAGUGGCACACUAUCACGGGCUCACUCGUCCAGCUCUCUACACACACAGGGAUUGAGCCGCCCGGCUGCAGAGCACACACACUCCAGCAGGAGCUCAGGACAGAAGCAGAAAACACACAGGCCGUCUGUGUAUUUCUCCUGCAGUGUGGACCAGACCGAUGAAGAACCAGUAGAACAGAUACAAUGGCAGCCUGUGUUCAAAGUGCAGUGA